UGUCAUUUGUCAAGUUGAGUCUAUGAAUGCUAAUCUUCGUAUGGCUAUGGCUAAAUGGACUUGGUCAGCGCUUGAGGAAGGAGGAAACAAUCUCAGAACUGCCUAUCUUGAUGGAAAAACCUAUGGCGUUGACCAUGGCCAGCUAACCAGGCCAGUCAAUGACUGGUUUAAACACGUAACCAGUACCAAAACAAGGGCGUGAGCAUCACCCAUACUAUCCAUUUCAAUUCCACUACACUCCAUAUCCAUGGUCCAUGCAUACUGAGAAGGAAGGCGACUGGACACCAACACAAAUUCCUUCGAUCCCACACCUUUCUGGCUCUGAUAAUGGUACUAACACCCAUAUUUAUGACAAAUAAGAGGAAGAGAGAGAGAAGGAAAAGUAAUUACCGCAUUAAGCGGCUCUUGUUUGUGUGGAUGAUGUACUGGGGAGAGAAAAUGGAAAGAAGGAAGAGUUCACCACUCCCAUCAUGUCAUCUGAGCGACCUUUGACGGAGUAAUAAACACACCCACCACCACAUCACCUCCUAACUUCCCCUAAAAAUACAAAGACAAAACAACAUAAACAAACUCAAAAUAUAAAAAACACUUCUUGUCGUAUAUUCUUUGUUUUCUUUCUUUGAAUUUGUCGCAUGAUUUUUUUUUUCUCUCAAAAGCCCAGCAGCACAGGAUCUAGGUCCCUUUGGAAUUCGUUCUGGAAAAUUUGAUCUGGGUUUUGAUGAUUGUUGGAGGAUUCAGCUUGUGGGUGCUGGUUUAGAUUUUCAUUUUGAAGAAUUGGAAGUAACCUGUGUUUUGUAAAAGUGUUUUUUCUUGUUUUGAGAUUCUGGAAUGUGGUGGGACGCUGGAGCACCUACUGAUUCUUUCUACCAGGUUCGGCCUGAAUGCACCGAUGUUCCAAAAACCAAGUUCAGAAUCAAGGCUGGCAAGACCCUAAGUGCAAGGAAAUGGCAAACUGCGUUCACUCCAGAAGGUUAUCUCGACAUAGCCAGAACACUUAGUCGGAUCCGCCGUGGGGGGAUCCAUCCAUCAAUUAGAGGAGAAGUAUGGGAAUUUCUACUUGGUUGUUAUGAUCCUAAGAGCACAUUUGAUGAACGAGAGCAGAUACGCCAACAUCGAAGGGAAAAAUAUGCGUUGUUGAAAGAAGAGUGUCGCCAGAUGUUUCCCCUUAUUGGAAGUGGGAGGUUUCUAACCGCACCUGUAGUUACCGAAGAUGGUGAACCUGUUCAAGAUCCUGUUGUACUUAAGGAACUGGGAUUACUUCCUGAAGAAAAUGGUGCUUCAGGCGGUUCAGAAAUGGUAAAGGAGCCAAGUGGUCAUGGUCCCCAGGACAAGAAAGUAAUUCAAUGGAAGCUUACACUACAUCAAAUAGGUCUCGAUGUGGUUCGCACUGACAGGACACUCGAGUUCUAUGAGAAGCAAGAAAAUCUGUCGAAGCUUUGGGAUGUUCUAGCUGUCUAUGCCUGGUUUGAUGCAGAUGUUGGCUAUUGUCAAGGAAUGAGUGAUCUUUGCUCCCCCAUGAUCAUUCUUCUCCAGGAUGAGGCAGAUGCUUUUUGGUGCUUUGAACAUUUGAUGCGCAGAUUGCGAGGAAAUUUCAGAUGCACUGAGAGCUCUGUUGGUGUGGAGACGCAGCUAAGUAAUUUGGCUUCUAUUACUGAAGUCAUUGAUCCCAAACUUCAUCAGCACCUAGAGACCCUAGGUGGAGGUAACUAUCUAUUUGCUUUCCGGAUGCUUAUGGUUUUGUUUCGUCGAGAAUUCUCUUUUGGCGACUCAUUGUACCUUUGGGAGAUGAUGUGGGCUCUGGAGUAUGACCCCUACUUGUUUUCUGUGUAUGAGGACUCUAAAUCAGCUAGCGAAAAACAUAAGGGUUCUAAAGGAAAACCAAAGUCAAUGCGCCAAUUUGGGAAGUAUGAGAGGGACAACAGGAAAAAUGGAGUCAAUUCUCAAGCCCAUCUCCCGAUAUCAGUUUUUCUUGUGGCCAGUGUCCUCGAAAAUAGAAGCUCAAAGUUACUGACAGAAGCUCGGGGACUGGACGAUGUUGUCAAGAUAUUGAAUGACAUAACCGGAAACCUAGAUGCCAGGAAAGCUUGCCGUGGGGCAAUGAAACUUCACAAGAAGUAUCUAAAAAAGGCAUGACAUUGAAACAAACUAUUGGUCUCUGGAGAAAAGUAAAUGAAAUUUUGGCGCAGUCAAGGAACAAUGAGAUGCUUUGGGACACUGCUACUUGAUUUUUCAAGAGACCUUCAUAUACUUUAAUACAAAAUGUGAUCUGGAAAUUUUCGUAUUCUCUCUCUCCAACCAGCAAAUACCAGUGGGAGGCAUGUGUUGUAUGUGCAAUCAAUUUUCAGUAUUGUAUAUGCAAAACAUUCUUUGAAAGGCAUUGUAUGAAGUUGUUUUGUAACUGUUCUAUGAAGAAACAGGGGAAGAAAAAGAGUUGUUCAAGGUUUAUUAUGACAAUAAAUCAAUUUUGUUUCUCU